UAAUAGAGACAAUAGUCUUGUUGAUUCAGGAAUUAUUUUGCAAUAUCAAAUUUCUCCUCUCGUUUUCACAAUAAAGAAGGGUUUUGUUGGACACAGAAUUGUAUCGAAGAAACCAAAGUUCUCAAGGACACAUGGUUCAACCAAGGAGUGAAGAGAUGAGUAUACACGACGCAACUCGGAGCAACGACAUCGCUACGUUGACGAAAAUACUGUCGACAAAUGAUGACGUUAACAAAACAAAGGGCGACAUACGAAACACGGCACUGCAUAUUGCUUCGUCAAAAGGACACGUGCAGGCUGCUGAACUACUCAUAACAAAGGGGGCAGACACACAUUUACGUAACAAAAGGGGCUACCUUCCCUCACAUCUUGCAGCGAUAUACCACCACGAAAACGUGUUGUCGUUCCUGUUAUCGCUUGAUAAAUCCUUACUUGACGCCGUAGACUCUUCCGGAAACAGUUUGCUGCAUAUCGCUGCAUGGAAGAGGGAUCCAGAAGUGAUCGAAUUCUUACUGCGAAAAGGCAUAGACAUAUCUUUAAAAAACAGAGACGGAAACACCGCUUACCACACCGCUGUACUGUGGAAUCGUUCAUACAUCUUAAAAAUUUUACUUAAAGCGAACAAGGCACAUGUGAAUGAAGUAAACAGAAAAGGGCAGACACCACUGCAUAUUGCGUCCGAGAAGGAGUACGAUGAAUGCGUGCAAUGUCUGCUACUUCAUCAAGCAAAUCCUUUGAUAAAAGACUCGUUUGGUAAGACAGCGGUUGAUGUGGCAUCUGAGGAAACAAAAAAAGUCUACAUGAAGUAUGAGUACUAUAAGAAGAUCGUAGCCAGAUGCGCUGAAGGUAUGGCUCCCAUUAUUGCUGCACGUAAAUACUUCGACGAGAGUACAGCUCUCCAUAUUGUAGCAUCAUUUAACGAUAGCCGAACUACGAUACAUCAGCUUGUUCAAGGUGGUGCAAAUAUAAAUGCACACGAUGCAUAUAAUCAUACGCCCUUAGAAUACGCCCUGCUGGCAGGAAAUAUACAUAACAUAAGCGCAUUGAUGGGAUUAGGUGGGAAUAGUGACAACUUUGACGAAGAACACGGGUUUACACCUUUACAUAUGGCUGUACAAAGGCAUGAUAUAAAGCUGUUAGAACUUCUACUGAGACAUAAGAGCAAUGUAAACGCAGUGGAUAAUAACAGCGAAACACCACUUUUAUAUGCAGUCGCUAAUAACGAACUCAGAGCAGUGCGACUGUUGUUGAAAUACGGUGCCGAUAUUACAAUUACCGACAGGCACGGAAACACUGCUUUGCAUUUGGCUGUCACAGGGAAUAGCGGGCCGAUCACAGAGGUAUUAUUGAAUGAAAAUGUCGAUGCUAUUAACGAUGUGAAUCAAUUUGGACACACGCCGUUAAUGUGUGCUGUGUUGGGCAGAAAUGUUGGUCUUACAAAUAUGCUGUUGACCUACGGAGCUGACUUUUUUAUAAAAGACAAAAACGGAAAAUCUAUUUAUGCUCUGGCCAUAAACACAAAAAAUGGCGAGUUGAUAAAAACAAUUGAGAGCUGGAGUUUGAAAUUUCAAGCAGCAAAAUCGAACCAACGGUCUUGAAAAAAGUCAUCUUGUUGUUGCCAUGCAACGUGUUGACAAUGACGAUUGAUUCGUGACAGAUCUGAGAGUAUGACAAAUUAUUUAAUAAUGGUAAACCUUUUGACCGCCUUGUGUUGUCAGUAAAAUUAUAAUUUUCUACUUAACAAAGCAGUGUUAAAACGUGAUGGAGAGAAGAUCUCAUUUCAUAUUUUCUUGAAGGGCUAUUAACAAGAUAAGUUUUGGUACCAUGCGUCGCUGAAAUCACAAUGAGUUACUUUUAUUUAGAGAUUUUUUUUUACCUGUUAGUAGAAAAACUUAUAAAUCGACGAAACAAAGAGACAAAAAAUGAAAAUAAAUAAAUAGAAAAUAAAACGAAAAAUAAAACCGUUCCCCGAUGUAACGAGAAAUUCACUUUAAAACUAAACCCAUGGCUGUUUGUAUUUCGUACGUAAAAUGCAUUUUGGAAAAAAAGAUUUGUAUUGAUUUUUUAAAUGUAUCUUAAGAUUUAUCUCAUC